CCAUUGGCACUAACUGUUACGGCUUGACACUUAGCUAACAGACAAGAAACAGCGGCGGUGUCGUUCAAAGAACUUUUAUUUCACAAUGUCAAACAUCGGUCCGGAGGGCUCUGGCGCAGUGUCAAGCAACAGGCGCUUGCAGCAGACUCAGGCCCAGGUGGAUGAGGUGGUGGAUAUUAUGCGUGUUAAUGUGGACAAAGUGCUGGAACGUGACCAGAAGCUGUCUGAACUGGAUGACAGAGCAGAUGCACUGCAGGCUGGAGCCUCCCAGUUCGAGACCAGUGCCGCUAAGCUGAAAAGGAAAUACUGGUGGAAGAACUGCAAGAUGUGGGCCAUCCUGAUAGCUGUCAUAGUGAUCAUCAUCGUCAUCAUUAUUAUUUGGAACUACUCAUAAAACAUCAACAGGAGGAGGUGGAGGAGGAGUGGAAACGAUGAAGAAGAGAAGUGGAGCAAUGAGCAUGAUUCAUGUCUCAGAGGAAGAAUUCACAUGAUUACUGGCUACUGAGCUCCACAUUUUCCCCCUCUGCAGGGGUCUUCAUUCCUUGUCCUGGAUUGCCCUGUAUGUGUGUGUAUGUGUGUGUGUCCGUGUGCAUUUGUCCUGGAAAAGUAUCAUCGCAAUUCUGCAGUUUUACCCUGUCUUGAUACAAUAUCCCAGACAUCAGUAAACUUGCAUUAGACUGCAAACCCACAUACCAAAGACAGCUGAAACACAGAGAGAAAUGUGUCAAUAACUAGAAGUAAAACACAAGCAAAGCCCAUUACAAGGCAGAAAUCAACGAUUCCUGGACUUUGUAACAAGUACCCGCACACAUACACAUUCCAGUCUCAAGGCUGGAAGUUAAGAAUAUUAUUGUAAACUCUCCUCCACUUAUAUUUACAUUUUUACGUUUUAUUAAUAGCAACUGAUUUUGUGUGCCAGGCUAAAAAAAAAGGGUGUUUUGAGGAUAUGCUGUUCUGUGUUUGUUUAGAUUGUGACAGUAAUUCUGCAUAUCAUCAAAGAGAUGCCCCUUUCCAGCACAAAGACAUUUCCACUUCUCAGUGUCACACCAGUAUUUAGAUUUUUCUUUUCAUUUUUUUCUUUUGUUUUAAAUUUGGUUUGCUUUGUGAAUGGUUACAGUAGACUAGUGAAUAGUGCAAUCCAAUACCUUUCUUUUAAAUUUAUGCACAGUCAAGUGCUAAUUGAGUGAAUAAGACAUCAAAGUAGGGAUUGAAUAAAAACAAUUCCUUUGGUCACUUGACAACACAAAGCUAACUGUUGAAACACUUCAUCAUACCUGUCCUAGUUCAUCUUUAUUUCAGGUAAUACUUUUUCUGCAGUAAAAGCUAGUAUACCCUUGAAUUUAGUUAAGUGCCUAUAAAUAAGACCAACAGCCUCACAGUCUGACAAAUCCUAAAGAAAGUGCCAUAAAAUCCGAAAUAACAAAAGUGCUACCAUUGGUAUAUAUUAUCUCAGUUCAUGCUCUCAAGGGUGUGCCAUUAAGAAAUGCCUUUGUAAAAUGUUCAAGCACAACAAUGUAAGAAAAUGAAGUUUUAGACAGAUGUGUCGUUAGGUUUCUCCAAUGGAGAACGUCCAUACCUUACAGAUCCCAUGCCAGCCAUUGAGUAGUGCCUUCUGAAUGGUCCGACUGUCCAUACUGUGCUGCUUGCAUCAAUCAGCUGAACAUAUUCUUUAAUAAAGUCUUCUGUUUAGUCACACUGGCAUUCAUCUCAUCUAAUUACUUCAAAGUGCUUCUCAUGUGUGAUAUUUCUGUUUUAUUACACAAUAGCUUUUAUUUACAAACUGUAAAACUAAUCAUUUUGAGACUAGUAUUUUGUUGUGGUUCUUAGCUCACUGUUGCAGAGCAUUAUGGGUGAUUGAGUGUGGACAAAAACUUUAUUUGGCAAUGAUGUUGUGAUAUAUGCUAUACCAACACUGGAUUUGGGAUUAUUUUGUAUAUUCAUUUCACUCUGUCUAGUGCUUUAUUCCUGCCAGCAGAACUGUUGUUGCAUUUUUCAGUAGUUUUUUAUUACAUUUAGUAACCAUUUCUUAUGUGGUCUUCAUAGAGCAUGCAUGAUAUUGAUAAGAAAAUAGAUGCUAACACAAGUAUUGUUUCAGUAGACAUUUUUAGUAUGUAGAAACCAGGCUGUAGCCAUGAAGAAAAUUUAUAGGCCACUGAAGUGCUUUUACACACCAUCCUUUUAUCACAGAUGUAUGAAAUUGUCAUCGUCCUUUUCUGUAUAUACAGAAAAUUUGAGACCCAAUAUCUUCCAAGCCUUGCUUAUGCCUACCUACUGGGAAUGUAUAUGGAAAUAAGUGCAAUUCUGCUCUUUGACGCUAAAUGCCUUUUGCUUGAAUAAAAUUGAUUUAACUUAAA